GUGAGCCUGAUAGCAGAAGCCUUUCAAUGACGUAUGAGCACCUUUUUUACAUAGAGUUAUAAAUAAAACCUGGAGGCAGGACUUUCUCCCAGCGCCUUAGUGGCGCUGUUUAUAAGGAAGUCACUCUUCACAAGCACCAGAGUGUUUGUAGUCGCCUGAGAGCAGAAGCGUGGAAACUGAAAAUAUGAAACUUUUCGUAGUUUUAUCGUGUUUACUGGCAGGCUGCCUGGCACAGAGGCCUCACCCAUGCUCAAGCCCUCCUCUUCUGAGCGGGGCCCUGUCUGUGUCCUCACAGAAUGAGAAGCUGUGGGCCACUGCCAGGUACCUGUAUGAUGCACUGGGGCGACGGAUAAGGCUCGAGGAGAUUGGCUCGUAUGACAAUAAGACCUUCACCUUGGAUGUUCUUCUGCUCUACAGAGAGGCUACCAUGUAUGAGAUUUUCAAACACAACAAUACAUGCAAGAAAAGGCCUUUGAAGGCAGACUUCCAGCCUCUGGGAAUCCCAAAAACUGCAUCCCUGCUGGGCCAGUCUGUUCUGGGCAGCUCGUCUGGACCCGGAGAAGGACUCCUGGUCAACACCUGGAUCGGGGAUAUGCCCGACAAACAAGGAAAGUUCAUGAGCACAGUCACUGAAUUCGGAUGCAUUCCUAUCACCACUUUGUACCACACUGACCAGUUUGGAUGGAUGAUGACAAACUUCUUUAACAAUGUCAUUGGGAUUUCGGACCCCAGUCAGCUCAACCCUCCAGACUUCUGCCCAGAGACGGAGGACAGUACAGAGGAGCCAGCAGACUUUCUUAGCUUGUUCCUUACAAAGCAUUAAAGGCCUGGUUUAACUGAUCUCUCAAACCUUACUGAAUCAGAGCUUUGGUGUAUGUUAAAUUUACUCCUGCUACAAACAACUUUCACAUUUUUUUUUAUAAUCAGUUAAUGCAGCUUUAAAAAAAAAUUGAUACCAGAUGACUUCCACCUUCUCUCAGGCAUACAUAGUUAUGGUUGUCAGUUUUCUUUACCAACAUGGCCCAAAUUAUGGGCUGUACCUACAUUGCUGCUAAAUAAACAGGCUUUUGUCUCCCAUUUUCUAACAAUGUACAGUGUGACCACAUGCAUUUUUAUCAAUUAAAAAUAUAAAAAUUCUAAA